CAGUCCCCUCCCUCUCUCUAUAGACUCUCUGCAGACUGUAGACUCCACUUCUAAGAGAGAGAGAGACAAAAAGAGAGAGAGAGAGAGAGAAGGAAAAAGGGCAGCGAGUGCAUGAGUGAGAGAGAGAAAGAGAGAGAGAGAGAGAGAGAAUAAAAAGGAGAGAGAGAGAAUAAAAAGGUAAAGAGAAAGUGAAAAACCAAAAACACCAAAGCAAAAGCAGUUGGAGUCGAAGGCUUUUCACCCGGUGUUGUUGGUUAUGGUGGAAAUACCACUACCCUUUCCCGGGGGCAUUUCCGUCAUUCUCCGCUGUCUACCAUCUCCUUCAUGCUCUUCCGCUUCCCCACUUCCGUCGUUCAUGCUGUCCAGAGCAACUCCAGCGACUUCUUCGGCGGCGGAUUCCGGCGGCACCCCCAUCUCCCUCCGAAUGCCGGAGUAGCUCUUGCUUUUACGGCGUCGUCUGGAAUCGCCUAGCCGGCCCCCGCCGCUAGGUGAAACGAAGAACGAGAAAAGGUCUCCCACAGAGGCGUUAAGCGGACACGCAUUCGGCCCCCUUGGAAUCGAUUGAUUCGGAAAUUUGCGCAGUAGAGAGUAGGUGUUUUGAUAGAUGAAAUCCCUCCGGCGGAGUCACACUUCGUCGUCGUCUUCUCCGAAUUCUUCUUCACCCUCUUCUUCUUCGUCGUCGUCGCCGUGGAUUCAUUUGAGAUCGGUCUUAUUCGUAGUUGCCUCGUCUUCACCGGCUGCUUGCUCGUCUUCUGAUCGGGGCCGUCUCAGUUCACCUUGGUCCCGCAGGAAAAGAAAACAUGCCCUGUCACCUCAGGAAUGGAGAAAUUUAUUUUCGUCAGAUGGAAAGCUCCGUGGUGGUGGACUGAAAUUUUUGAGAAAAGUUCGCAGUGCAGGUGUUGAUCCACGUGUCAGGGCAGAGGUUUGGCCGUUCCUUCUUGGAGUCUAUGACUUGAGCACUUCCAGAGAAGAAAGACAAGUUCUGAGAACUCAGAACAGAAAGCAAUAUGAAAAACUCCGAAGACAGUGCCGACGCAUUUUAAAACACGGUGCCAACAAUAUUGCAUUAAAGGAAGCCAGUGAAACCAGCAGUUACGGAGGUUGUGGGAGUUUCAGAGAAUAUGUGGAUUCUCCCGACUCUGAUGAUGUCGUUAGUGCGAGGGAAUCACUCUCUAGUGAGGAAAGGAGUCCAUUUCUUGACUAUACUGACCCUUGCAGUGCACUGUCAGAAGAAGAUGCUGGUUCAGUACAAGCCUCGGAUCCAAAUUCCCCUGCACUUGACACCGGGUCUUCAGAUUCAGACUCCUCUGAGGACCCAGAAGUGAGUAAUACUUUCCGCUUUGUGGAAACCAGGGCGGAAAAUGAUCCUGGAAUGCUACUUAGGGAGGAUUCUACCCUCUCUAGGACAGAAGUUCAGCCAAAACUCCACAACAAUGAGGAUUUUGCCACAUGGCAACGAAUUAUUCGUCUUGAUGCCAUUCGUGCCAAUGGAGAUUGGGUUACACAGUCACCAACUCAGGCUGCAGUAUCUGAUGAAAGGGCACGCAGGUUCGCUGAAUUUGUUGGGUUGAAAGAUUAUGAUGAUCUGGAGCCCAGCAAGAUCUUCCAUGCUGCUCGACUAGUUGCCAUCCUGGAGGCCUAUGCACUUUAUGAUCCUGAGAUUGGUUACUGCCAGGGGAUGAGUGAUUUACUUUCUCCAAUAAUCACUGUGAUAGCCGAAGACCAUGAGGCUUUCUGGUGUUUUGUUGGUUUUAUGAAGAAGGCUAGGCAUAAUUUCAGACUGGACGAGGUGGGAAUCAGGAGGCAACUGAACACUGUCUCCAAAAUCAUAAAAUGCAAGGACUCUCAUCUAUACAGACACUUGGAGAAGCUCCGGGCAGAAGACUGCUUUUUUGUGUACAGAAUGGUUGUGGUACUCUUCAGGAGGGAAUUAACAUUUGAGCAGACUGUUUGCCUCUGGGAGGUAAUGUGGGCAGAUCAGGCGGCAAUCAGGGCUGGGAUUGGGAAGUCUGCCUGGAGCAGGAUAAGGCUGCGAGCCCCGCCAACUGAUGAUCUGUUACUUUAUGCGAUUGCUGCUUCAGUGUUGCAAAGGAGGAAGCAAAUCAUAGAGAAAUAUAGCAGCAUGGAUGAGAUACUCCGGGAAUGUAAUAGCAUGGCCGGACAUCUCGAUGUGUGGAAACUCCUCGACGAUGCACACAAUUUGGUGGUGACCCUCCAUGACAAGAUAAAGUCCCCUUUCUGAUGGCUGCCGUUCGGCUGUUUUAAUUUGGUACUGUGGAACUUAUGAGUUCUGGCAGUAAAGUUCCAUGAAGAUUCUUUGGCUUCGUUAGGUGUCGAUGUUCCAUAGGGUCGUCAUUCGUUGCUUUGUCAGAUGAAUGCUCAAUUUUUUUACAGUAGAGGGUAUCUGCAGCGGGUUGCAGUUUUAAUCUUCUUUCCCCAAGGUCUAUGAUCUUGAAGAUGAGGCUGGGAGCUGCAAUCACUGGUCAAAUUUAACAUAUUGAUCCAAAGAUGACAGGUAAUUCAUCAUUCCCUAAUCUAUUUGAAUUUCUUCUGUUUGGUCUUUGUGAUGUUUAAAAUUUUUAUAAGGUAUCAGCGCUUGGAAGGGAUAAGCUUUUUCAAGGCUUUUUGACUCUUGCAGAUCCUUCCGUUUCAUGUUGUUGACUGUAUCUGUUUUCUUGUUGAAAUGGAGGCUCUAGAUUCUAUCA